AUGAGUAUAGAAGGAUUGAAACAAACUAAAUUACUUUUAAUUGGAGAAACAGGUGAUGGUAAAAGUUCAUUAGGUAAUUUUAUUUUAAAGAAGAAUGUUUUUAAAGUAAGUGAUAGUGAUGAAUCGAGUACAAAAUACACUGGUGGAUAUUUUGGAGAAGGUGAUAGAAAUGAUGUAUUUGUUGUUGAUACUCCUUGUCUUAUUGAUGGUAGUGGAUUUAAUAAUAAAAAUAUUCAAAUAUUAUUGAAUGUAUAUUGUGAUAAUCUUAAAUAUAUUGUUAAAGUUAUAUCUGAUGGUUUCCCAAUAAAAGGUGUUUGGAAACAUAUAUGUAUUGUAUGGACUAAAUGUUAUAACUGUUAUUCACAAAAUCAAAUUGAAAAAGAUAAAAUUGAGAAAAAAGAAUUUAAAGAAGAAAUAAUCAAAUUUAUUAAACAAACAAAUAGAAUAAAUGAAAAUAUUGAUAUUCCAAUGUGUUAUGUAAAUUCACAACCAAUUGAAGGCUGUAAUAAUACAAAAUCAGAAGAAGAAAUAAAAAAAUUAAUCAAAUGGGCAAGAGGAUUAAAACCAAUUGAUAAAGAAGAAAUCAGUAAAUUAAUAAGUGAAUAUAAAAAAAUUAUUUAUGAAGAAAAAGAAGAACGUGAAACAAUAGAAGAAACAAUACUUAAGAGAACAUAUAAAAUAACAAAAUAUAUAAGAUGUAAGAAAGUAAAGAAUGGUGGAGAAGUUAUUUAUGGUGAAAGUACUGAAAUUUGUAGUAGAAUUAUAACAGAAAACAAAUAUAAUAAAGAACCAUCAGAUUGUGUAGUGAUGUAA